AUGAAAUUGGAGGUUAUAACUCGCUUACCAACCGAAUUGGUUGUCGAAUGCAAAAGCGUAUGCACUAAUUGGAAUGAUAUCAUUUCUAAUAAUCCAUCCUUCUUAAAGAUGCACUUUGAUUGUCAUCAUCUCAAUCAUCUUAUUCUUCUUGAUCUUUUUAGAGAAGAGGAGAUUAUUAGGCCGGUUCUGGAGGGUAUUGAUUUUGAGAGCAUCAGUUCUAUUGAAUCUAAUAUUCUGGAUGCUGACUUUUCUGAAGCUGAAGUGUUACAGGAAAUUCAGGAGCUAGGGCAUGACAAGGCACCAGGUCCAGACGGCUUCCCUAUUAUGUUUUUUCAUAAAUGUUGGAGUUUCAUUAAAUCUGACAUCAUGGGAACAAUGCAGGAAUUCUGUGAUACAGGUUGUAUAGACACCAAACACAACUCCACUUUUAUUACUUUGGUUCCUAAAAAAGGUCACAUAGAAACUAUUAAAGAUUGCAGACCUAUUUGUCUUCUUACUGGUGUUUACAAAAUCCUAUCCAAGGUACUUGCUACUAGGAUGACAUUAGUUUUGCCAAAACUUAUUUCCCAUGUUCAAUGUGCAUAUAUAGAGGGAAGACAAAUUACGGAUGGUACUCUGAUUGCUAAUGAGUUGGUUGACUCAAGAUCAAAAGCUGAGAAACCUGGAGUCAUUUGUAAAAUCGAUCUGGAGAAGGCCUUUGAUAGAAUCAAUUGGAGUUAUUUGGAGUUUAUGUUGAGAAAAAUGGGGUUUAGUAGUAAAUGGAUUAACUGGACAAGAGCUGCUAACACUGGUUUAUUCAAUGGUUUUUCUAUGGUGGAAAAUGGCUCUGUGGUGAAUCAUUUGCACUAUGCGGAUGAUAUUAUCUUCUUCGUCGACAACAGUAAAGAGGAACUCACAAAUUUGUUCUCAAUUCUUCAUUGUUUUGAGUAUAUUGCAGGUUUGAAAGUUAAUAAAUCUAAAACUCGACUGAUUGCUAUUGGAGAUGUCCCUCUAAUGAAUGUUUGGGCUGCAGAGUUCGGAUGUGCAGUUGAUACUUUGCCUUUCAUAUACUUAGGCAUGCCUCUGGGAGCAAACUCUAAGUCCAAAGAAAUUUGGGUACCUAUUCUGGAGAAGUUUGAUGCAAGACUUUCUACAUGGAAACAUAUCUCUCUUUCCAAAGGAGGCAGGUUAGCUCUUUUAAAAUGUAUUUUAACUUCUCUUCCAAUGUACUACUUUUCCCUGUUCAAGGCUUCAAUCUCAGUGAUCAAAAUUUUAGAAAAGAAAAUGAGGAAUUUUCUAUGGGGAAAUAAAAGGUGUUCUCAUUUGAUAAAAUGGGAAAUGGUUUUUGCUGAUAAAGAAAGAGGAGGGUUAGGAGUUCUUAAUUUGAAGUUCAUGAAUAUAGCUCUUCUUGCAAAGUGGAGUUGGAGGUUUGGAAUAGAGAAAAAUAGCUUAUGGUAUAAACUUAUAGUGGAGAAAUAUGGCUGCAACUACUCACAUUGGGUUCCAGGUCCAGUUUUUUCUUCUCAUGGAGUUUCCUGCUGGAAAACGAUCUCUGAUCUAGUUAAUAAUAACUCCUCUUUGUGCAUUCAUUCCGGUACUAGGGUUUCUUUCUGGUAUGACAAGUGGAUAGGUACUUCUUCCCUGGCGAUUCAUUUUAACCUUCUCUGCAAGUUAGAUAGACAUCAAUUUGGCAGUCUGGCUGAUCACAUUACUCCUGAUGGUGCAUGGAGAUUUUACUUCAAGAGAAUACUAAAUAACUUGGAAGCGACUCAGUUAGCAGGGUUACUCAACGUUAUUGGUAGUAAUCCUCCUGUUACAGACACUCUUCCUGAUACUAGGCGAUGGAAACUUCACAACUCGGGAGGUUUUUCAGUUAAAACUUUAUAUCAUACUUUUAUUUCUGCUGCUGGCGUUGAUAACUUUCCACAUCAUUUCGUACAGAAGGAUGGAGUUCCACCAAAAGUUUCUUUCUUAUUAUGGUGUGUUGUUCAUGGUAAAUUAAAUUCUUUAGACAUGUUAAAUCGCAAAGGGAUGGAAGUUUAUAGCUCUUGCAUUCUAUGUGGUAAUAGCAAUGAGUCGCAGGAUCAUCUUUUAUUGCAUUGUAAAGUGGCAUAUAAAACUUGGAUGGCUGUUAUGCCUAAGAAGCAUUGGGCUUGGGUGUUUCCAGAGACUAUGCGACUAUUGAAGCUUGAAAUGCAGAACCGACCUCUGAAAGCUGCACCUAAUAAGGUCAAGGAAGACGCGCUCUCAAACGAGGUUUUAAGUGGGCUAAAAUUUGUCGAAGAAAGUCUUAAAUUUGAUCAUCUCAUUCACAAAGACGUUAUUAGAUUAUUUACAACAGGUGAAUUCAUAUAG